ACUUACUAGAUUAUCUAAUAAUAAAUAAAUUAAUUUAAAAUAUUGACCCUAAAUUCAAACUUUAAUAAUUUUUUACACCUUUCAAAAUUCAUAAUUUGAUUCAUAUUGUUAACUUAGAAAAUUUCUUUCCCCAAAUGAUCACAUCUGCUCUUUUAUCAGCUGUUAGAUCGUUUCUCUUUUUUAUAUAAUCUCCCCGUAGCCCAGGAUUAUUGCUGCUUAUGCUGAAGACAUGGACGAAACUUCCAAACAUUUUGAUAAUAUUAAAAAAUUUAAAUGGAAAACACUUUAUUCUUCAAAAUAUUUGUUCUAAAAGAGAUAUUUUCAAAUUUAAUUUUAGCAUACUCUAAAGACUACUAAAAAUUAUUUGUUUAUCUUCGUUUUAUCUUCCACUAAAAAAAUUCAAACUUUUAUAAUGAAUUUGGAAUUUAAAUUAUUUUAUUCUUAUAUAUACAUUUGCAGCAGAUUAACAUUUCUAGGGCUAGUAAUGUAAUUUCUUUAAUUUUUAAUACCACAAAAAUUUAUUUUAAAUGUGUUUGUGAAAAAAAAUCAUCAAAUAAUUUAUAAAGACAUGAUUCUACUACUGUGAUAAUUAAAUGAAGAAUUUGAAAAAGUCUCUAAGAAAAUUCAUGCUUCAUGCUAAUAAAAUUUUUAACAAAUUUAAAAACUCUUUAAUUUUUAUAAGUGAAGUAAAAAAGAUGAAUAAGAUUAUAAAAAAGAUGAACUCCUUGCCCCAAAAAAUUCGUAAAAGCAUCAGUGCGUAAAAAUUUAUUCUUAGUAAGUUGGAAUUUUAACUAUACUUGCAAGUUAUUUCUGAUUUUAAUGACUUUUUAGGAAUUUUCUUCUUUGUGAUGUUAACUAAUGUUUAAUUUCUAUUUGGUGGUAUUGCAGUUGCAUCAAACCUUAUUUGGAACAAAAACUGCUACCGUAAUUCAAUUCUCUUUGAAUUAAAAAGUGGAUUUUAAUUAAAACCACCUGCAUAAGAAGAAAUAUAUAAUAAUCCAUAAUCCAUAAACAUCGCCAUGAAUCAGGUUAAUCCAUCAGCACAAAGAAUACCAAAACUCACCAAACCGCGCAUAAUAAAGAAUUUGAUAUUGAUCUCUUUAUCAUUUUUUCUCCUUUUCUCUGCAUAUGACGGACUCAGCAUGUUACAAAGUACAAUGAACAAGAAAGCAGGAGUAGGAGUGGUUUCACAGGCAGUGGGCUUCACCUCAUUUUGCAUCUCCGCUCUAUUACUGCCAAAAUACGUUAUUAAAAAAAUAGGAUGCAAAUCAUCACUUUUCGUGUCCAUAAUCCUUUACAUACCAUUUAUAGCUGCAAAUUUCUAUCCAAAGUGGUACAUUAUGAUACCAACAGGAGUUUUCGCCGGAAUGGGUGCUUCAAUUCUGUGGGGAUCUCAAUGCACGUAUUUUAAUGAAUCUGCUGUUCGAUAUGCUAAACUAAUUGCAGCCAGUUCUCAAAUCUCUGAUACUGCAUCCAAUCAUGCAAAUGAUGAUACUGCUUCUGAAAAGCGUUUUCAUAACGAAACCGGGAAAAACGAUUCACAAAAAGAUGAGCCAUCAAUAAAAAAUAACAAGGAAGAUGCUUCCUUUAGAUAUAAGUGCAAUAAUGCCAGUUGUGGUAAUGUGGAAGAAUUCGUCGUUUCAGAAAUCGCUAAAAAUUGCGUGCAAUAUCUCAAAAAUACUGUAGACGACAACGAUUUGUCACAAACAAAAGAGCAAAAUGCAUCUUAUAAUUUAAAUCAUCCGAGACACUUGCCUAUUAGAAAUAUUCCCCUUUCUUCUGGUGCCGUGCAAAAUGUGGCUCAUGGAAAAUCACUUAUUCAAGGAAGAACUGAUGAAACAAAAGUAGGAAAACUAAGUGAUAGUGGUGAAUCGAAUAAAGGAAAUAUUUCAAAAGUAGAUGAAGAAUCGGUAUCUCCAAAAAUAAAUAAAGAUUGCCAAUCGAUUUUUCAAAAAGCCAAUACCCUUGAAUCUGUCACGGGACUUUUCUUCGGUUGUCAUGGUAUGGCAUAUUAUUCGGCUCAGAUUUGCAGCAAUGUGAUCUCGUAUUAUGUCCUGAAAGGCGAUGAUAUACAAACAAUGAAUCAUUUCAUUGGAUGUUCGUGUGGUGCCCAAUUUUGUAAUGACAACAAGUGGUGCAUCAAUGAUGACACUGAGUAUGUGAGCACCAAUAUCCGGUACAUUCUAACAACUAUCUGUGUGGUUAUUGCUUCCAUUGGUGCUUUGCUGAUAUUCUUUUUCCUUGAUCCGUUGAAGAAAGCAAAGUCUGAAGAUGAGCCUGAAAAGAUUUCUUUGAGACUGAUUUUUGCCACUGUAAGCCAUAACAGAAAGAAAGAACAAUUGUGUUUGAUUCCUAUAAGUUUCUAUGAGGGCAUGCUGCAAGGAUUUUAUACAGCUGAUUUCACGAAGUCCUAUGUUGGUUGUGCUUGGGGAGCUUCUAAUGUCGGAUUAGUGUCGGUGUUUUAUGGGGCUGCCUGCGUUAUUUCUUCUUCUGCAUCCGGUCUCUUUGUAAAAUAUAUUGGAAGAAAGCCAUUGUUUCUGAUAGGACAAGUGAUCAGCAUAUUAAUGGUGAUAUUUCUCAUGCUCUGGAUACCCGAAUCUAAAUCACAUUAUAAAUUCUACAUUGCCUCAAUCUUUUUUGGAACCAUCACAGGUAUACUCUGGUCUCAGUUAUUGGCUUUAUAUGGACUGCUUUUUAAAAAAGAUGAAGAAGCAGCCUUUGCAAGCUACUACCUUUGGAGUUCCUUGGGGUGGACUACUUCUUUCCUGUACAGCGACCAUCUAUGCACUUAUGUCAAGAUUUAUCUUUUAUUGAUUGUAUCUAUUAUUGGAACUACUGGAUACAUUUUUACGGAAAGAUCAUAUGAAUUAAGAAAAAAGGAACAAAAUAUACCGUUAACUUGAAAUUGGAUUUCAUUGUCUUAAUAACAUUGAAAUGCAUCUGAAAUUCUAUUUUGAUCAAUUAGGAAUUCGUUUGUUUCAUACGUACAGAGGAAAUAUGUUUGUUUUGGAUUUUUUUAUUAUAUCAAAAAAUAACAAUUUACAUUAUUUUAGCUAUAGAUAUCCUAUUUUAUGUAACAUCUUUUUAACAUUAUAUUUUUUAUAGAUUUUUAUUUUUAUAGAACAAUUUUUAUAGAUUUAUUUUUAUAGAACAAUUAGAUUAAAAAAAAGAUCUAUUUUAUUAAAAAUGAAAAAUUAUAAUUGCAUGCAAACUCAUCCCUAGUAGAAAAUAGUCUUACCUUUGAAUCACCACCUUUUCUUCUUUGAAUCAGCCUGAUAUUUGUAAUAGUGCUAAUCUUGUUUUAUCCUAAUUCCAGAUGUUAUGCAUAGGGAAAGGACAUAAUUUCAACAGCGCGUCUUUAAGGCCCUUAAAGAAGGUUUCGACACUGAUAGAAUUGAAAGCUGUUGCUUUUGAGUAAUUUGCCUUUUCUGGCUUUCUUUUGGAUAAUUUCGUAGUGUGUCUUGUCAUAAGUAGCUUCAAAUAUUUUUCUCCAGGUCAAUUUUUAUUGUUGACCUCUACAAAUUUAUGAGCCGGAAUUCAAACUACUUUCCACUUCAAUCCAUUUUUGAGAUUUUGUUUAUAUAUCAUAUUAAACCGAACUCUUUUGUGAAAAAUACUUUUCUAGGAUCACACAGAAUAUACAUUUCAGAAUCAUGUUGAAUAUAUUUUUCUAGAAUCACCCUUAACAUAUCUUCCAGAAUCAUACCGAAUAUACUUUUCCAGAACCACACUGAGUAUACUUUUCAGAAUCAUAAUGAGUAUACUUUUCUAAAACCGCACUGAAUAUACAUUUCAGAAUCAUAUUGAAUAUAUUGUUUUAGAAUCAUACGGAAUAUACUUUCCAGAAUCAUACUGAAUAUACUUUUCUAGAACCACAUGAAAAUACAUUUUUAAAAUUAUACUGAAUUACUUUUCUAGAAUCAUACUGAAUAUACUUUUCAGAAUCAUACUGAAUAUACUUUUCUAGAGUCGCAUUUAACAUAAUACUUCAAUUUUACUUUUCUAUUCUUAAAAGCCAUCAAAGGCCGAAUUCAUGUCACUUUACACAAUCCAUUAAUUCAAAUUUUCUUUUCUAUUUUACCACACACAGAUUCAGUUACUUAUUUAAAAGUUUCAGGAUUAUAAUUUUCGUGUUUUCACUCCGUUUCGUUACUUUUCAUUCUAUUAUAACUUGUGGAAGAGCACCAUAAUUAACCUCAUAGAUUUGAGACCAGUGAUCUAUUAUACACUAUGUGCUUUCGAUCCAUAGUACAAGAACUGACAAUUUAAAAUUCAAACACGUAUCUAUUGCAGACUAUGGCCAAACUUAAAAACAAGAUGUAGAUUUACUUACCAAAUCCGGUACAAACUGGAAUAUAGUGGAAAUUCUGAAGCCAUUCUUGAAAUCUAUAAGUCAAGAAAGACAUUUCAAAAAUAUUUUCAUAAAUGCUGUUAUAAACGAUAACAAAAACAAACAAAAGUUUCUACUAAGCGAAUGUUGUUUAAGGUAGCUGAACUGUUCAGUGCAAAAUGGUAGCCCAUAUCGAUAUUAUGGUUUUUGAUCGAAGGAUCACAAUGUACAAAGCAGUACAACAGUUUCACCAUAUUUAUUGCCUCCAGACUUCAGAUCAAAACAUAGAUAUAGUGUUUCUUUAUGCUAUUAGGCAGAUGAAAAAGAAAGGAAAAAAAAUUAUGAAUUCUUAUAAAAUGGACGAUACAGAAUUUUGUUUUUUGUUUUGUUGCUUUUUUUAUAAAAUUUAAUGGGAAUUCAUUCAAUUGUGGAAAUAAACUGUAUCUUAGACAUUUUUAAUUCAUCUGAAUUUUCUAAAUUGUAUGAUAAUAUCCAAACAAAACUAGACAUUAUUAUUAAAUAAUUAAAAAUUAAAUAAUAAUGAUAAAUAAUUCUAAUAUAAGUGGAAUACCUUCUAUAUUGAUAUAAAACUCAACACAUGAACAAUUAUAUUCUUCAAGAAUUAAUAUAAUAUAAAAAUGGAGAAAUACUUUAAAAAUUUGUUUACCAUUAAUUUCAAAUUACAUACAUCAAUCUAAAGAAAAUUGCUCAUUUCUGGAUAAUUCUUUUUUUAACUCCUUUAUUAACCUUGUUUUAUAAUUCCUUUAUUAAUCAAAUUUCAAUAAAAACAUUUCUUAUCUUUUAUAAAAUCUUGGGUAUUUUAAAGGGCUUUGAAGAUCUUAAGAUAAACAAUAAUAUGUAAUACACAAAUAGAGAUUUAUGUUACAAUUUUUUUAUCAAUAUUUAUUGCAUUUAAAAUUUAUUUUAAACUCCCAUCUUUUGAAACUUACAGCGUUUUUUACCGAAGUCCUACAUGUUUAAAUCACAUUAACAUUUACAUGCUUUGGUAGAUUUCCAAAACAAAAAUUUCCGUUAUUCAGUGAACAGAAAUCGGUUUAUAACUACAGUUAUCUUUUUUCAGUAGAUACAAUAAUAAAAAAUGAGUACAAUAAGAACAACAUUUUCAAAAUAAAUAAAUUUAAAAAUAAACAUGAAGUUAAGCCAUUAUCUGCCACGUUGCUAAUUUGGGAUUUUAUUAAUUUUUUGCACAUAAUUCUGCGCAAAAUAUUUGUAAUAUGCCAAACAGUGUAGUUUCAUUUACUACAUAUUAGUCAACAUUAUGUGAAUCGGAGAGUGUGUAUUCUGUGCUUCGUUUCUUCACAACAACAAAUUUAAAAUUCGUUUGUAAGGUGAAUGGAACAGAAUUGUCAUAUUUGAAGCAUUAUAUUUUUGGUUUGGUCUUUAUAUUAUAAUGAAAUACUAAACAUAAAUAUUUAAUUUGGAGGUUAUAGUUCAGAAUCUGUACUUACACGUAUUUUAUAUUUAUUAUUAUUAUAUGAUACCCUUUUUGAAAAAAUACCAAAUAUUUUUGAAACGAAACAA